AUGAAUGCCUCGUAUGCGAUCAUGGCCGGCACCAUGCCGAUGACAACGAUAUCCGACACCCUCGACUUCACCCCCCCGGGGUCCAUCCUGGAUGAAGCAAUGAGGCUGCAGCUGGAGAGCAUCUACUUUGCCAACUUCCAUCCCCAGUGGCCGCUGCUGCACCGGGAGACGUUCGAGAUGACAGCGCAGCCCAAGUUAUUAACGCAGGUCGUCAUGACUGUUGGGUUGUGGUUCGCUUCAUGGCCGGACGCUAGGAACCUGGCGAUCAAGUUUCACGAUAGUCUCCUGGUAGAAGCAGGAAAAAAGCUUUCCCUGCUGAUCUUGACAAUACUCGUGCCGUAUCGAGCGGACGAGUCCAUGGACAAAGUGAUGAUGACGCACACCCUCUUGCUCGAGACGUUCAAAGCUACGGGUGUAUACGAGCAGUCAAAGAUCAACCUGGGCUCGCAACUCUGUGGUUAUAGUGGAUACCCUUGGAUCUUCAAAGAAUUUUACCAACGUCUCGCCGUCUACCAGUUCAAACUACACCUCAUCCUCCAAACAAUGUUCAUCACAAUACACCCUGACCUGCGCCUCUCCCGGAACGUGGAGCCGGGCAUGCUCGGGAUCAAAAUACCUUUGCCGCUGAUGAUGUGGGAUGGCCCCGCGGCGCACUGGUACGGCAUGGUGCCGAUGGACCACGACGACGAUGUCCUGAUGAUUAGCAAAAUGUGCGAACAGGCGAGCCUGACAAUGGAUAAUAAGGCGCUCGUCCCGCUGCUCUCCUGGGACCGGUGUUUGGGUAUGGCGAUUUGGUGUUGGUGUCUACGGGGGUCCGAGACCGAUAAAGAGUUUGUAGAGAGCGUGAAGCCGUUUGUUCUCGAUUCAUUGAAAAACACCAAUGCUUUUCCAGGGCCGAGCUAA